ACAGCCUGACCCGUGUCAGAGUGAUUUUUCUUCGUACUUGCAACGACGUCGCAGGCCAAAAUUUUGCGUGUGUGUCGCAGUAUUAUUUAAAACGGAAAAAUUCUCGAAAUUUGCUGUGCACUUUUCAAGGUAGAGGCAAUCGCGUAUAACAAAAAAUUCAUUUCGCAAAAUGAACGCCCAACAAGCACAACGGGAGCAUGUCCUUGCUGUUUCCCGGGACUUCAUCUCCCAGCCACGUUUGACUUACAAGACGGUGUCUGGUGUGAAUGGUCCCUUGGUCAUUCUCGAUGAGGUGAAAUUCCCUAAAUUUGCUGAGAUUGUGCAGUUGCGCUUGGCAGAUGGUACUGUGCGUUCUGGGCAGGUGCUGGAGGUGAGCGGCUCCAAGGCCGUUGUCCAGGUCUUCGAGGGCACCUCUGGUAUUGAUGCGAAAAACACGCUUUGCGAGUUCACCGGUGAUAUUCUGCGAACACCCGUCUCUGAGGAUAUGCUGGGUCGUGUGUUUAACGGCUCGGGCAAGCCCAUCGAUAAGGGUCCCCCAAUUUUGGCCGAAGACUUUUUGGAUAUUCAAGGCCAACCUAUCAAUCCCUGGUCGCGUAUCUAUCCCGAGGAAAUGAUCCAGACUGGUAUUUCUGCUAUUGAUGUGAUGAACUCGAUUGCUCGUGGUCAGAAGAUUCCCAUCUUCUCUGCUGCUGGUCUACCGCACAAUGAAAUCGCUGCGCAGAUCUGUCGGCAGGCCGGUUUGGUCAAGCUGCCUGGCAAGUCGGUACUUGAUGAUCACACCGAUAACUUUGCUAUUGUGUUCGCCGCUAUGGGUGUGAACAUGGAAACUGCCCGUUUCUUCAAGCAAGAUUUCGAGGAGAACGGUUCUAUGGAGAACGUGUGCCUGUUCUUGAACUUGGCUAACGAUCCAACCAUUGAGCGUAUUAUUACACCCCGUCUGGCUCUGACCGCCGCUGAGUUCUUGGCCUACCAGUGCGAGAAGCACGUGCUGGUUAUCUUGACCGAUAUGUCUUCGUAUGCUGAGGCUUUGCGUGAGGUGUCUGCUGCCCGUGAGGAGGUGCCCGGCCGUCGUGGUUUCCCCGGUUACAUGUACACGGAUUUGGCCACCAUCUAUGAGCGCGCUGGUCGUGUUGAGGGUCGUAACGGCUCAAUUACACAGAUUCCCAUUUUGACUAUGCCUAACGAUGAUAUUACCCAUCCAAUUCCCGAUUUAACUGGUUACAUUACCGAGGGUCAGAUCUACGUUGACCGUCAGCUCCAUAACAGACAGAUUUAUCCUCCAGUAAAUGUGCUGCCAUCUCUGUCACGUUUGAUGAAGUCUGCCAUUGGUGAGGGCAUGACCCGCAAAGAUCACUCCGAUGUUUCCAAUCAGUUGUAUGCUUGUUAUGCCAUUGGCAAGGAUGUGCAGGCCAUGAAGGCUGUGGUCGGUGAAGAGGCUCUGACGCCCGAUGAUUUGCUGUACUUGGAGUUCUUGACUAAGUUCGAGAAGAACUUCAUUUCGCAGGGCAACUACGAGAACCGCACUGUCUUCGAAUCGUUGGAUAUUGGCUGGCAGCUGCUGCGUAUCUUCCCCAAGGAGAUGCUUAAACGUAUUCCAGCCUCUAUUUUGGCUGAAUUCUAUCCUAGGGACUCGCGCCAUUAGAUUUUGUUUAAAAUUGUUUUGUUUUUGAUUUAUGUCCAAAAUUUUGUUUCAUUCAUAAUUUAAGCUGGUGGCGCAAAGUGCGGCGUGCCUCCUUUUGCAAUAAUCCGUUGUGUAUGCGUCUAUACAUAUACGAUAUACACACAUAUAUACACAUUAACUACAAUAUAACCCAAGAAAAGGAUAUUAAUAUGAUAAUAUCUACGUAUAAAAUUUGAUUUGUGGUAUACACAGAGAGAGAGAGAGCCGAAGCGCAGUCUAAACAAUAACUAGUUAAAUAUUUUCUAAUCACUAUAUAAGCGGAAACUAUUUUAAAUGUGUGUUUUAGUAAUCAAAAUUUGUCAAGAUAUCAUAACGUGUACAUAAACUCAAAGGAAUUAACCCAAUCCACACCUCAAAUGAAGAAGAAAGAAAAACAAAACAAAACAAUGAACAUUCUCCUUAAAACUUUGUUGCCGACCCGUCGAUAAUUUGUUAAAGUUUACCCAUUUUUGUUAGGUUUUAAGUGUGUGUGCUCUGUAAAUGUUUAUUAUUUCUCGAUCAUUGAAUUGUUUAAUUAAUUUCGUUUCGCAUACAGAAUCGUAGCAUUCCAAAACCAAAUUAAAUAACGCAUAUUUGUGUUUCUUUCGCUUGCGCCGCUUUCGGUCUUCUGUUUAUUUUGUAUUCGCUCAACUUUAAGAUGUUACAACACUUCGCACAAGUAUUAAAAAAAAGUUCUCUUCAGCACUUCCCGUCCCCAUCCCCUCACUGUUCCCUGCACCGAAACAAUGUGAACAAUUUGUACAGCAACUAAACAAACUAAACAAUGAAAUAUGAAAAGUGCAAA